UAGCAAUACGUGUUGUUUUGCUAUGAAUUGACAAAAUAAUUGUCUUAAAUAAUUGGAUCAAAUCAAGUGAUGGUGUGAUGUCUGAAGAGGACAACUCAAUGCUGGAACCGUUGGAUCCGUCGCUGCAGAACGUGAUCGACCAGAAGAGUCUUCGAUGGGUUUUCGUGGGCGGCAAAGGAGGGGUCGGGAAGACGACCUGCAGCUGCUCUUUGGCCAUACAGUUGUCUUACGCCAGGGAUUCAGUCCUCAUCAUUAGUACAGAUCCCGCGCACAACAUAUCCGACGCUUUUGACCAGAAGUUCUCGAAAGUGCCCACAAAGGUGGUGGGCUUUGAGAAUCUGUAUGCAAUGGAAAUCGACCCCAACUUAGGGACGGGUGAACUGCCGGACGAGUUCUUCUCCGAAUCGGAUCCCAUGAGAAUGAGUCGAUCACUAAUGCAGGAACUGUUGGGUGCCUUCCCUGGCAUUGACGAAGCGGUCAGUUAUGCGGAAGUCAUGAAAUUAGUCCGAUCUAUGAAUUUCGAUGUCGUUGUCUUCGACACCGCGCCCACAGGUCAUACGCUUCGGUUGCUAUCAUUCCCGGCAGUGGUUGAGAAGGGUUUGGGAAAAUUGUUGCGAAUUAAGAACCAAUUGGGACCUAUGGUUACAAACGUGGCCACAAUGUUAGGGAUGAGUGAUCUGAACGCCGAUGUGAUGAACAAUAAAAUCGAGGAAAUCUUACCCAUCAUUAAGACAGUGAACGAACAGUUCCGGGACCCAAACCAAUGCACGUUUGUGUGCGUCUGUAUCGCAGAGUUCCUCUCACUGUACGAGACGGAGAGACUGGUGCAGGAGUUGACCCGCGCUAACAUUGACACGCAUAACAUUGUUAUCAAUCAGCUCCUGAUGCCAAAGAGCGGCCAAAGCGGGUGCUCAAUGUGUAGGGCGAGGACUAAGUUGCAGAGCAAGUAUUUGGAUCAAAUCAACGAUCUCUACGAAGACUUUCACUUAACAAAACUACCACUACUUGAGGAAGAGGUGAGGGGUGUGGAGAAAGUGAAGGCGUUUAGCAAAAACCUGAUCGAACCCUAUAAACCAUAGCUAACUUAUAAAUUUAAUUUGUUAACUAUUUUACGCUAAUAUUAUAUAAAUUGUUUUCUUAAAUGUUUUCAUUGAGAAAUUUACAUAAAAACGGAAU